AUGGACGCUCAGGAAUCGCCACAGGAGGUUGCCCUCAUUACAGGAGGCAGCGGCUAUGUUGGUUUCCGCCUCGCCUGUGCUCUGAGCCAGAAGGGAGUCCAGGUGAUUCUGUUUGAUAUCAGCGGCCCCACGCAGACCCUUCCAGAAGGAGUCAGGUUCGUCUGUGGGGACAUUCGCUACCUCUCUGAUGUCGAGAAAGCUUUCCAGGAUGUGGCGGUCACCUGUGUGUUCCACAUUGCCUCGCAUGGCAUGUCGGGGCGGGAGCAGCUGGAGAGACGCCGGAUCGAGGAGGUUAAUGUGAAGGGCACGGACAACGUCCUCCAGGCCUGCCGCCAUUGGGGCGUCCCAAGGCUGGUGUACACUAGCACGUACAAUGUGGUGUUCGGAGGACAAGCCAUCCAGAAUGGAGACGAGUCCUUGCCUUACCUGCCCUCUCACCUCCACCCUGACCACUACUCCCGGACCAAGACAAUUGCAGAGAAGAAGGUUCUGGAAGCCAAUGGCACAGCUCUGGAAGGGAACGGUGGCGUUCUGAGAACUUGUGCCCUGAGGUCAGCUGGCAUCUAUGGGCCUGGGGAGCGGAGACACCUCCCAAGGGUCGUCAGCUACUUGGAGAGGGGGCUGUUCAAGUUCGUAUUCGGAGACCCCAGAAGCCUGGUUGAAUUUGUGCACGUGGAUAACUUGGUCCAGGCCCACAUUCUGGCCUCAGAAGCCCUGAAAGCCGACCGGGGCUACGUGGCCUCUGGGCAGCCCUACUUCAUCUCCGACGGCAAGCCCGUGAACAACUUCGAGUUCUUCCGGCCCCUGGUCGAGGGCCUGGGCUACAAGUUCCCAUCCACCCGCCUGCCGCUGUCCCUCAUCUACAGCCUGGCCUUUCUGAUGGAGAUGGUCCACUUUGUCCUGGGCCGCCUGUACAACUUCCAGCCCUUCCUCACCCGCACCGAGGUUUACAAAUCCGGGGUCACCCAUUAUUUCAGCCUAGACAAGGCCCGGAGGGAGCUGGGGUACGAGGCGCAGCCCUUCAGCCUCGAGGAGGUGGUGGAAUGGUUCCGAGCCCGUGGCCACGGCCGACAGCCCCAGAGCCCUGCCUCCAGCUCUUUCGUCCGGGAUGCCCUGCUGGCCGUCCUCCUGAUCACCGCGGCCCUCCUGUGGCUGCCUCGGUCGGCUGUCCUCUCAGUGUAA